GAGAGUCUGAAGAAGCACAGCAUCCUUUGCCAACGAGAGCCUGUCGUGCCACAGAAAGACAAGUGUGGCAAACGCUGUUUUCGUCGGUGCGAAAUUGAGCAGCGGAAUCUCCGAAAACGUUUCCCCUCUUUAUCCAAACGGAACCAGUUUACUGAGCCGUCGCGUUAUGGAUGAAGCCCGUUUCAUACUAGCCUAGACUGCAAAGUCGUCUUCAAUCACUGUUCGUUUGGGCUCUCUGCUAUGAACCGGGAGAGGAGGAUGCUAUUCUGUCUGCAUUUCUGAAGGAACCAGGAGCAAACACACGCACACACUGGGACCAUAAAAUCGAAAGAAAACGACCCUUUUUGAGAUGUGGAGGAGAGGACGUGCCACUUUGGAAUAUGCCUUCUGCUGAAAACAUCCUGCCAGACCCGGUUCCCAUGCAUCGAUUUCACCUGUAAAAUGGUGUGCGUAGCUUACUGUAGUUUCCAUUUCACCGUCUCGGAAUCGUUAUAAAAUUGCAGACAUCCUCGUUUUCCCUGACAGAGAAGGGUGUUGUCGGCGAAGCAAAUGGAAAAGGGGUUAAAUUGCCAUUCCCUUUGGUGAAAACACGGGGAGCGCUUUGAUGUCAUUGGCAUAGCGGUAGUUGAGGCGCUGUUGAAAAUUCUCAAGUGUUAAAAGGGAAUGCUUUGACACCGACCAAGAUAUCAUCAAGAGGAGAGAAGAACGCAAGCCCCAUACAAAAACAAAACACACACACAUACAGACCCCUCGGAUUUCCACCACCGUGUUGCCUGGACAUCCAAAAAAGGAGCAGUGAAGCGUUUCUUGGUGGAUUUCCAGGGAUCAAGCCAGCUGGAGAUUGUGUGGAAGCCGUGUGUGUAAGUGUGUGUGUAUGUGUGUGUGAGACGCCAGCAGCGUUGCACGUGUGUGUGUGAGUGUGUGUAUGUGCGUGAACCGCCCAGAUGAGGACCGCCGCGCAGGAGGAUGGAACGUAACAGAGCCACGGCCACGCCACAGCCGUCGUGCUCCUCAGCCGUGAACCCCCUCCGCCGCGACCUUUCACCUUUCAACUGCCAAUGACCUUUGACCCCGCGACCCUGUGACCUUUGUCCUGACCUCUUUUUCCCCAUCUUCCUGUUUUACUGUGCCCCUCCACCCCUUAGUCCCACAACCACACCUUAUUUUGCUCAAACUCGGGUCUCCCUGUUUGUCUGAACCUCUGUCUGAUCCUCGAUCUCUGAUCCUCCUUUGGAUACAAAACUGUUGGCUGUUUUUUUUUUCUCUAUAAACUCUCACACAGUCACUGAACCAAGUGCACACACACACACACACACACACACACACGCACAGAGUGCUUUCACACUUGCUCCUACUUAGUUACACUCUACCGCUCCUGCUGUUGUGGCUGGGAAGUGGAGCCAGAAGUGGGACAAACAAACAAACAACUACACAAAACAAACAAACAAACAAAGCACACGGUCAACAAGCAAAUAAGCAAGCAGGUGCACUUCUCCUCUAUCCCACUGUUGAGUCAUCCCCAGACGGGCCAGUCGAAAGGUACAAAAAAGACAGAAAGAGACAGAGUGCGACUGAGUGAACGAGUGUGAGAGAGAGAGAGAGAAGGAGAGAGAAGACCAUGGUCCUCCUCCUCCUUCCCCUCCUCCGUCGUCGCACCUCUUACUCCUCCUCUUCGUGCCACCCCAUCCGCAGCACUAUGUCUUGGCACUGGGUGGCGCUCUUCCUCGCCCUGGCACAAUGGGCCAGCCCAGGCGGCAUCCCCCCGAUGGCCCACGCCCAACGAGGGGGCCCCGACCCCACCAAGUAUCCGCUGGUCACCACCAACUACGGCAAGCUGCGGGGCAUCAAGAAGGAGCUCAACAACGAGAUCCUGGGGCCCGUGGAGCAGUUCCUGGGCGUUCCCUACGCCACCGCGCCCAUCGGCGACCGCCGCUUCCAGCCGCCGGAGGCUCCCGGCUCGUGGCAGGAGGUGAGGAACGCCACGCAGUUCGCGCCGGUGUGCCCGCAGAACAUCCACGGCGUGCUGCCGGAGAUCAUGCUGCCCGUGUGGUUCACCGACAGCCUGGACGUGGCGGCGACGUACGUGCAGAACCAGAGCGAGGACUGCCUCUACCUCAACAUCUAUGUGCCCACCGAGGACGGUCCAAAAAAACACGAUGAAUCUUCGACGAACAGGCCGAAAGACGAAGACAUCCGUGAUCGCCGCAACAAGCCGGUCAUGCUCUUCAUCCACGGCGGCUCCUACAUGGAAGGCACCGGAAACAUGUUCGACGCCAGCGUCCUCGCCGCCUACGGAAACGUCAUUGUGGUCACCAUGAACUACCGACUGGGCGUGCUCGGUUUCCUGAGCACGGGUGACCAGUCCGCGAAGGGCAACUACGGCCUGCUGGACCAGAUCCAGGCUCUGCGCUGGCUCAAUGAGAACAUCGGGCACUUCGGAGGGGACCCUGAGCGCAUCACCAUCUUCGGCUCGGGCGCCGGAGCCUCCUGCAUCAACCUGCUCAUCCUCUCGCACCACUCCGAAGGCAACGCCGGCACAGGCCUGUUCCAGAGGGCCAUUGCCCAGAGUGGCUCUGCCAUCUCCAGCUGGUCCAUCAACUACAACCCCCUCAAGUACACCAAGAUCCUGGCUAAGAAGGUGGGCUGCAGCUACGUGGAGACGUCAGACCUGGUGGACUGCCUACGCAGGAAGAACUUCCGGGAGCUGGUGGACCAGGACAUCCAGCCGGCCCGGUACCACAUCGCAUUCGGACCCGUGGUGGACGGGGAUGUGGUGCCGGAUGACCCAGAAAUACUAAUGCAGCAGGGGGAGUUCCUGAACUACGACUUCCUGAUUGGCGUGAACCAAGGCGAGGGCCUGAAGUUUGUGGACGAUGGCGGCUCAGAGAGCGAGGAGGGAAUCACGGCUGCCGCAUUCGACUACACCAUUUCCAACUUUGUCGACAAUCUUUACGGAUACCCAGAGGGUAAAGAUAUCCUCAGGGAGACCAUCAAGUUCAUGUACACGGACUGGGCGGACCGCGACAACGGCGAGAUGCGCCGCAAGACUCUCCUCGCGCUGUUCACCGACCACCAGUGGGUGGCGCCGGCGGUGGCCACCGCCAAGCUGCACGCCGAGUUCCAGUCGCCCGUCUACUUCUACACCUUCUACCACCACUGCCAGACGGAGACGCGGCCCGAGUGGGCGGACGCGGCACACGGCGACGAGAUCCCCUACGUCUUCGGCGUGCCCAUGGUCGGCGCUACGGACCUGUUCCCAUGCAACUUCUCCAAGAACGACGUCAUGCUGAGCGCCGUGGUCAUGACGUACUGGACCAACUUCGCCAAGACUGGGGACCCCAACCUGCCCGUGCCACAGGACACCAAGUUCAUCCACACCAAGCCCAACCGUUUCGAGGAGGUGAUCUGGACCAAGUUCAACUCCAAGGACAAGCAGUACCUGCACAUCGGCCUCAAGCCGCGCAUCCGAGACAACUACCGAGCCAACAAGGUGGCCUUCUGGCUAGAGCUCGUGCCCCACCUCCACAGCCUGCAUGAGGAAAUCAUCACCCGCACCACCAAACUGCCGCCGGGCAGCACCCCGUCCUGGUCCCGGCCCGGCACCGGCCCCGGAGGGACCCGGCCCACCCGCCAGCCCUACCCCACCUACCCUCCGGACGACCCGGACAGCUCCGAGCGCCCUCGCAUCUCGCCGUUCCCGGACGACACGCGCGACUACUCCACGGAGCUGAGCGUGACGGUGGCGGUGGGCGCCUCGCUGCUCUUCCUCAACAUCCUGGCCUUCGCCGCGCUCUACUACAAGCGGGACAAGCGGCACGAGAUGCGGCGGCACCGGCUGUCCCCGCAGCGGGGCAUGGGGAUGGGCAUGGGCAUGGGCAUCGGCGGGCUGGGCGUGGGCAUCGGCGGCGGCAUCGGCGGCGCCAACGAUCUGGCGCACAGUCAGGAGGAGGAGAUCAUGUCCAUGCAGAUGAAGCAGGCCGAGCACCUGGACGCCCACCACGACAUGGAGCCGCUGCGGCCGCACGACAUCCUGCGCCCCGCGUGCCCGCCCGACUACACGCUGGCGCUGCGGCGGGCGCCGGACGACGUGCCCCUGAUGACGCCCAACACCAUCACCAUGAUCCCCAGCUCCAUCACCGGCAUGCAGCCGCUGCACGCGUUCAACACCUUCCCCGCCACCGCCGGCCACAACAACACCUUGCCCCACCCUCACUCCACCACCCGGGUAUAG